AUGUAUCUCGACACACCUUUGCAGACGCCGCGCAAAGCGAAGAUCUUGAUGCUUCACGGACAAUCCGCCCACACCUUCCAGAGCAAGAUGCGGUAUCUCCACGAGCCCAUCGCGCGAGCCCUCUCCGCCACCUCCAUGCAGCAUGAGAGCCUCUAUCCCGGGGGCGUGGAGUUCUUCUAUCUGGACGGCCCGAUCCCUGCCUCCUCGAUCGACGCCUGCGACGAAACCUACAUGAAGCCCAACCGACUGCCCGACAGCUGGCUCUGGGGCUACGGCGACCCCGAGACCUCCGAGCUCAAGGGCCUCGAGCACACCUGGAAGCGGCUGGCGAAUGUCCUGACGGAACACGGGCCGUUCGUCGGCGUCAUCGGCUUCUCCGCCGGGGCCGCGUGGUCCGUCAUCCUCACUGCCUUGCUGGAGCAGAACAGGAAGAACCCUUACUUCCAAGUUAACCACCCACCCAUGCACUUCUGCAUCGCCUUCUCGGCCUUCAUGUUCGAGCACCGCACGUACGAGUGGAUCUACGCGCGGCGGAUCCAGACACCCGUGCUGCACUUCAUCGCCGCCCUCGACACCUGGGUCUCGGAGCGGCAGUCGCUGAAGCUGGUCGGGCGGUGCGCCAACGCGCAGGUGGAGUACUUCCAGGGGUCGCACUACAUCCCCCGCGGACCGCGGAUCAGGGAACUGGUGACCAGGUUCAUUCGGAGGACGGGCGGUGGGGUGGGCGAGGUGGACCGGGGCUGCAUUGGCGUAUAG